GGCGCGCGCGGGCGGCGGCACCUCCGGGCUCGCGCCUCCGCCGGCACCGGGCGCUCCCGGCUCCUCCCGCAGCGCGCGCCCAGGCAGCGCCGAGCCGCCCGGGAAGGGGCGGGCGGGCAGGCGGGUGGGCAGGUAGAUAGAUAGGUUAGAUAGAUAGAGGAGAGCCGGCUGGGUCCCGCUGCCUCCUGACCGUCAUGGCCGGCUCGGAGCAGCCGCCGCCGCGGGAGGACGGGGAGACGCCGCUGCCCAUCGAGGACGCGGAGCUGGCGCUGGCCGGCAUCAACAUGCUGCUGAACAACGGCUUCCGCGAGUCCGACCAGCUCUUCAAGAAAUACAGAAACCAUAGCCCAUUAAUGAGUUUUGGAGCCAGUUUUGUCAGCUUUUUGAAUGCCAUGAUGACAUUUGAAGAAGAGAAGAUGCAACUGGCAUGUGAUGACUUAAAGGCUACAGAGAAACUUUGUGAAAGCGAAGAAGCUGGAGUUAUAGAAACAAUCAAGAAUAAAAUUAAAAAGAAUGUUGAUGGACGAAAAUCCACUCUAUCCAUGAUAGAUCGUCUACAAAGACAAAUAAUUGUAGCAGACUGUCAAGUCUACUUGGCUGUGCUCUCAUUUGUAAAACAAGAGUUAUCAGCUUACAUAAAAGGUGGGUGGAUACUCCGAAAAGCCUGGAAAAUUUACAAUAAGUGCUAUACGGACAUUAACACACUUCAGGAAAUAUAUCAGAAGAAAACAACUCAGGAAUCCUUGACUUCUGAUGCUGCAAAUGAUAAUCAUAUUGCUGCAGAAGGUGUAACGGAGGAUUCGCUAAACAGACUGAAAGGUGCUGUUAGCUUUGGAUAUGGACUUUUUCAUCUUUGCAUAUCCAUGGUGCCCCCAAACCUGCUCAAAAUCAUCAACCUGCUGGGUUUUCCUGGAGACCGCCUACAGGGGCUUUCCUCACUGAUGUAUGCAAGUGAAAGUAAGGACAUGAAGGCCCCUUUAGCUACAUUGGCUCUCUUGUGGUACCACACAGUUGUUCGCCCCUUUUUUGCCCUUGACGGCAGCGAUAACAAGGCAGGAUUGAAAGAGGCAAAAGAAAUUCUUGCAAAAAAAGAAUCUGCUUAUCCAAAUUCUUCUCUGUUCAUGUUCUUCAAGGGAAGGAUACAGCGAUUAGAGUGUCAAAUCAAUAGUGCCUUGACCUCAUUUCAUACUGCUUUGGAGCUUGCAACAGACCAAAGGGAGAUUCAGCAUGUCUGCUUAUAUGAAAUAGGUUGGUGCAGCAUGAUAGAGAUGAACUUCAAAGAUGCAUUUGAAUCCUUCGAAAGGCUUAAAAAUGAAUCCAGGUGGUCCCAAUGCUACUAUGCUUAUUUAACAGCAGUGUGUCAAGGAGCCACUGGUGAUGUCAGUGGUGCUCAGAAUGUGUUCAAGGAAGUUCAGAAGCUUUUCAAAAGAAAAAACAAUCAAAUAGAACAAUUUUCAGUGAAAAAGGCAGAUAGAUUUAGAAAACAAAUGCCGACCAAAGAGCUGUGUGUCCUGGCAUCCAUUGAAGUAUUAUACUUAUGGAAGGCCCUUCCAAACUGUUCCCUCUCGAACUUACAGCAUAUGAGUCAAGCUUGUCAGGAUGUUGAUGAUUCAUCGGCCGUUGGUUUGAGGAAUUUGCUUCUUGGUGCCAUACACAAAUGUUUAGGAAAUUCUGAAGAUGCCGUUCAGUACUUUCAGCGAGCUGCAAAAGAUGAACUCUGCCGUCAAAGCAACUUGUACGUCCAGCCAUAUGCUUGCUAUGAACUUGGCUGUAUUCUGUUAGACAAUCCAGAGACUGUGCCAAGAGGCAAAACCUUACUGCUCCAAGCCAAGGAGGAAUUUUCUGGCUAUGACUUUGAGAACAGAUUGCACGUCCGCAUACAUGCAGCCUUAGCCUCUCUAAGGGAAGUAGUUCCACAGUGACGAACAGCAAGUCUUGUUAUCCUUUCCCACAGUUUCUGCACUUUAAGAUGAAGCAGAAGAAAGAGCUGUUGGGAAGACCAGCUUUUCUUCUGAAAACCACUUGUGCCAGAGACACUUUCCCAGUAUGGUCAGAGUUGGUAUGGCUUAGUAAAACAUUACAAUUUUAACUAAAGGUAAAUCAACCAGGAAGAAGGUUAAGUGACCUUGUGUUUUUAGCUCAUUGUUUUUUAUUUUAUUUAAACCAAGCUGAACACAAUUGCUUGCAGCUGUGGGUGAGCCUAAAGAAGCACACAUAAUUUACUUAAACAAUAUUGGCAAAUGUGAUUUUUACCUUUUAAAACAGAUCUAGAUCUAAAAUAUGCUAAGGGGAGCACUUCUGGUUUGAUUAGAAUAAUACAAUAAAAGUAAUUGGUGUAAAUUUUGAAGUUGGAAAUGGUCAGAAUACUUCUUUUUCUUUACCCAUUUGCCAAUACACAGGAGGAGGAAAACUGUUCAGCCACAAAAAGCAGAUCUUACUAAAUUUUAGUGGCUUAUGUCGGUUACCUCAUGAUUACUAAUGUGUGAAUUUUAAACCUCUCAUUGCCUUCCGUUUUUUGUCUCAUCCCUCCCAACCCAGCUCAGAUUCGUGAUAUGAAUUUAUGUCAAUGUUUAUGAUCUCUGCUUCUGGUACAUUCCAGCCAAAUACUUGGACAUGCAGUUACAGUGUGGGCAGUUCUUAUUUCCACUCUUAAUUUUCUGAAUGUAAUGUUAAAAUACAUAGGCCAGAUACACUAAUUUUAUGUAUUUUUCAUUCAAGCUGCUCAAUCUUUGUAGCGGUGACCUUUACAGGUAUUUAAAAAAAAAAAAAGAAACCAAAACACAAAACACAAACCCAAAAAUUUGCUUUGGUAGUUACACCAAUACUACGAUAUCCUGAGUCUCUGUAUGAUAUUUCAAACCUGUGGUGUUAAGAUAUUGCUAUACCUCAGAGAGCUUAAAACUUUUCUCAUGACCAUAUAAUUUUUAAUACUUGCCCAUCUGUGUGCUUAUCUGUAGCUUUUUUUACAUUGCCUGUAAUACAUAGUAUUUUCUUAUGUUUUAUAUUCAGUUAAUACCAUAUUCUAGGAAGGUAAAUAUUUUUUAAAAGAAGCUUACGAAUGGAAAUCUGACCAGAAAGUUAGUUGAAUUAUAUUACUUUGCAAAGCUAAGAAAACUGGAUAUCUUUGGAAAGAGUUGCCACGGCCCGAGGGGAAAAGGGAAUAGGGACGCGGCACCACACAAAAGGGUUCAGACGCAGCCGAGGGUCUGGGUGCAAUGCCAAUUUAUUGAGAGAACACGGGGACUUAUUAGGGUCAGUCUGAGGGGAGGAUUCAUAACUGGGGAGGUGCAUGGGACUGACAACCAAGGGUGAGACAGGACUGGGAGACAGGAGAAAGGUGGGUGUGACUUGUGGGUAUCCAGGGGAAAGGACCAAUGGUAGCUCACUCUGCACUGCACCUGCUCAGUGACCCCCCCUAAAAAUUUUCCUCCGUUCUCAAAGUUAACUGCCACUGUUCCAUGGCGUCCCGUCCCCAUAAUGUUAUUGGAAUAUUCAGAACGUACGGUUGCAGGGAUGCCGGCCUGCCCUCCAGCCCAUACACUGUCAAUACCUCACGACUCCUGAUGGGGUGUUGCGACCCUCCCACACCGCUUACUCUGGUGUCUGUAGACUGAGCUGGCCAGCCGCACGGCCAGUCUCUAGAGGCUAGGAUGGUGACGUCCACUCCCGUGUCUAACAAUCCCUCCACCUUAAUUUUCUGCGGGUGCCUAGGUGUAGAAAAAUAAAUAAGACAAGUUAAAAGAGGUCGCGAGGUCCUCACUGAGGUUGCCCAGUUGACUUCCUUCAGUGAUUCAUUCCUCUGUUCCUCGUCCUUGGACACCACGCACCAUCUUGGCGACGGGAAAGCGGCUCUCUAGCUGUACAGGUGGGAGAAGCAGUUAGACACACAGCGAUGUUAUCAUUGGUCAACCCUGUCAGGAGAGUGGGAACUACAACAAUGCCUCUUUCCACAACUGAAAAGUGAGAGAUGACUAAAUAUGUCUUGUCCGGGUUCACAUUAGCAGAUGGCCUGACCCUGGCCAGCUGCUCAUAGGAACUUAAAUGAAUUGAAGGGUGUAUCACUGAUAGUAUAAUCCAUUUUAGCGGGGUACACUGAUGUUUAAUGGGGACUGGAUCUGACGGAGGCUCCUGCACUACGGGGUAGCUGGGCGCAGUGUCGGGCGCAGGAUGGAAUGGAGCUGAGGGGAUACUUGUGUCAACGCGCCCCCCUGAGCGCUCUACCCCCCGUUUCCCGAAUGCUCACAAGAGCACAGGCAAAGAUCUGGUAAAGAGCUGAAUGUUACUUUUCUCUUUAGCCCUGGGGAUUUUCUGGGGGGAGGGGCUUGCCAUUGAUGUUUGUUAACGACCUACAAUUAGAGGACCAAUGGCGGCCCUUCCCACACCUCCGGCAGAGUGUUUUAGGGAUGUUUGGUUCAAGUGGUAAUCUUGGACAGUGCUUUUUAAAGUGUCUCUUCUGCCCACAAUUGAAACAUGAUUGUGACCCGGUGAGAGCAGCCGCCAAUAGACGUGCUUUAUGGGAGCCUGAGCCAGUAUUCUUGCAAGCGUCUAUCAUUUCAAGCAGAGGUGGUUUUUUUAACAUUUUCAAAGCUUUUUGGCAGUCCUCAUUAGCCUUUUUGAUUACCAAUUUGUUAAAUAAAAUUUCUUGACUCUCCUUUUGCUGGACUUGCCGGCUAAUUGCCUCCUUUAGUCUCAUAAUAAAGUCCAUAAAAGGUUCUUUAGGGCCCUGAUUAAUUAAUGUAAAAGAAGAGGUCUGGACAUAGGCGUCCACCACCCUCUUGACUGCCUCCAUUGCCAAUUCUUUUGUAACAUCUAAAAAUUUAGGUUCAAUUCUGGCCUGAUCGUUUCUGCUUGAAUAAUUUCCCUCGCCAUAAAGCAUGUCUAUGACCUGUCUCACCGGGAUCCCCCUUCGUUCCAUUUUUUCGUUAACAUAAGUAGUAAUCAGCUUUUUCCAUUCCGUUUCAAAAACAGAUGAUUGGAUGGUGGAAAAAAGUCCGUUCACUACUGCCCGUAUAUCAUAAGGAAUUAGUCUGUAAGCCAAGAAAAAUUACUCUAGGAAGCUGAUGGUAAAAGGCGCUCCUAGCCCAUACUGUACUAUCGCCACCUUUAUAUCCUUCAGCAUGGGAUAGGAGAUAGGCCUCCACUCCGGGGCCUUGCCCUCUUCCAAGUAAAUAGGGAAUGCUUUAAGAAAGUCUGCAUCAUUUGCCUGCGCAGCCUCUUCCCUGAAGGCUUUCCAGAUGUUAGGCUGUUUUGAUUGCCUCUCAGGGGAGUGCUGCGAGUAAUCUGUGUCCGAGUCAGGGUAGCGGCAGGCGGGAUAGGCCUCGGUGGUACAGGCCCUAUGGGCGUGGCCACGUUGCCAGAAACCGGACUUGACCUUCGCCCUGGCCCCGCCCCUCACUACCCUUCCAUCCCUGGAGGGAGGUCUCUCUGGUGAAGAGGCGGAACUGGAGGGAGAGGGUGUGCGUAUGUGCGUGUCGGGGGAGGGAUCCCUGACACACGCAGGUGGGGGCAGAGGCGGUCUGGAGGGUGGUACCGAGGGGGCCCGCCCCCUCUUUUCCCGUGCUGGUGACUCCCGCGGCAACUUUUCCCGCCUUUGCUCCUCGCGCUUUCUGCCUCCCUCCUUCCCGACACCAUUUUGUGCAUGCCGUGAGGUGGUCUUUCCUCCCCUCCCGCUAUCUUGUGUCUGUAUCAGUCCUGAUUUGGUGGUCUCACGGAGGCUGUCGUUCGUGCUCAUCAUUUGGUGCUGUAGCACCAUCAGAGCAAGCCUCCAGGCUAUCAACGCCUCCUUUGCUGUCCGGUCCCCCCUGUCAUUAUCUCGCCACAGGCUGUAGCCGAUGGCUUGCCACUGGUCUACAGAGGUGUCUUCUAUAAGUCUGUGACCUUUGUGGUCCAGCCACUUGGCGAGCGCUUUAGCAGAUUUUUUAUCUAGGGGGUGACCGUGCUCAAUGAUGAAAUCUUUGAGGCGUCUGUAAACAAGCCUUUGGGAGGUGGACAGCGAGAGUCCCAUUUUGAUGUUAUAAAGACUUCUGUGACAGUCCUUGGUGUUACUAUUCCUCCCUUUUUUGUUUUUUGGGUGAGGGUGUCAGGGUGGGAAGUGGACUGUCCCCAGCUGCUCACCUUCUGGUGUGUCGACCCGUGCGACUCCACAGCCCACAGUCGUCCGUCCAGCUGGGGGGGACUGGCGGGAUGAUCACCACUCCUGAUGAUCUCUGAGCCCAAGUGAGGACGCAGGAGUUCUCGCAAUAUGAGAGACCUUCAACUGCGCCCCACGUUGGGCGCCAUCUUCCACGGCCUGAGGGGAAAAGGGAAUAGGGACGCGGCACCACACAAAAGGGUUCAGACGCAGCCGAGGGUCUGGGUGCAAUGCCAAUUUAUUAAGAGGACACAGAGACUUAUAUAGGGUAAGUCUGAGGGGAGGAUUCAUAACUGGGGAGGUGCAUGGGACUGACAACCAAGGGUGAGACAGGAUUGGGAGACAGGGGAAAGGUGGGUGUGACUUGUGGGUAUCGGGGGGAAAGGACCAAUGGUAGCUCACUCUGCACUGCGGCAACUCUCAGCCAAUCAGUGACAGAGGAGCGGGAAAGCAGGGGAGAACAGGGGAGUAAACAACUUCUGGAGGGAAAAUCUGAGGGACUGAGGGGAAUAACAUUGGGGUACAUUAAACUUAAUAUAAAACCAAUGAUGAACUGGGGAAUAACAGUCAGUCCAAUAAGAUAUCAGUCCAUUCAAGCUCCAUAAAUGUCUCUCCAUGCUUGAAAUCGUUCCCAAUCGGAUUUCUCAUUCUCCUCAGAGAGUUAUCUAAAAGCCUUAUCUUUACUUUGGUCAGGUUGCCUUAAACAGUUCCGUAGCUUAAACUUUUUUUUUCUUCUUACCUUUUUGGAAACCGUGUUGCCAAAGUUUUAGACCUUGCCCACACCUAAUCUUCAUUGAUUUGCUUUUGAGGUUACAUCUAAAGCAAGACUGAUAUGGAGGAGAGAAGUAAUGUCCUAUUUCGUAGGCCAGAUGAAAUGGUUGAGACACUUAUUUCUCUCUAGAAAUACUCAGUUCUGCUAUGAAAGGCGUUCCUAGAGCAGAUAAACACUUCUGUUGCAGUUCCUGAAGGAGAGAAGGGACUCUUAAAAAAAGGAGUUUUAUUUUUCUAUAAUCUAGGUGUGUUACAGAUAGUACACUGGAGUUUUUGUAUUCCAUUUUGACAGUAAUGAGGCACAAAUGAGUGUUCAACCUUAUUUGGUCAAUCCAAAUAAGUAUUGACUAGAAAAUGGUAUAUUGUAUAUAUAUAGUGACUGCUUAGAGUUCAAAAAAUUAUUUUAAAAAUGGGCUUUAAGGUACUUGAAAUCUUAUUUUGUCGUAUCUGACUUUUAAUGUUUUGCAAUCAGAGACACAGUCUAUUCUGGGUAAAUAGGUGGAAACAGUACAGUACUGGCAAAAAUCCUUUACACUCCUUAAAUAUAUGAGACUAGGCUGUUCAGGACACAAAGCACCUGCAUGCGAUUUGUGUUGGGAUAUUUAAGGUCUGCAUACUUGGAGGUAGCUGGCAAAUUGUAGUAAAUUUACUAAAAGGCCUGUUCUCACCAGGCCAGGAGUGGGAAAGACACUAUAUGUUCAUGUAACAGUUUAAUAACUGUGCAAAUUGCGGCUUUUCUGUGGACUUAGCAAAUCAUCACAGCUGUAUGUUUCUGUAUUAAUUAUUUUUUCCUUCUCCUCGUAGGAGAAUCUCCUACAUUGUAAAUUGCAAAAUUAUUUUUUAUGUUAGAUUGUGCCUGUGAUGAGAAAAAUCUCAUUUUGUGUUAACUGUCAAGUUUUUAUACUUUGGAACUCGGAGGCAUGGUCUAAUAGCAAUAAUGGAAUAUGCAUCUUGCUAGUUAAUAUGUUAAGGCCAUCUUUACUGGGACAGGUUAUUUUUUGUUGAUGUUGAUGCAGUUUUUAUCUCAAUAUGACUCCUUUCAAAUAAAUAACUAGACUUUUUAGAUGUCACAAGGUGGCAUAUUUAUUGUGAUGUACUGUAAACGUUGUUAAUUUACAGAAAUUGCACUUUUAUAUUUCUGAGUAAAAUUAAAAGAAAUGUGGACAUGAGUUUUGUUCCUUUGCUCCUUGAGUUUGUCUUUUAAUUGGUGACCUCCUGAACAAGAGGAUAGCAAGUAUUGGGAAAACUUCUGGGAUGUCAAGUGACUCUGUAACAAAGUUUUCUAGUCAGCAAUUACCUCUAGUCUUUGUUCUUCCAGUAUAAUUACAGUCUUCUGGUUUAGAAAGUGAGUUACAUGUCAUGUUGAGCUCAACCAUAGAGUGAACAAGGUUUAAGAGACAUUUUUAAGACAUCAAAUUCACUUGUUCAUUAAAGAAAAAGAACCACAUACAAUUGUAUUUGUUGUAUUCCUACACCUUUGAAAAAUGUUUCUAAUUUACUCUAAAGCAAGCACUUUAAUUUCUCCUCUCUCUGACUUUGAAUGCUUGUUUCAUAUUCUAGUUAUGCUUUAUUCCUAAAUAAAAUUCCCCAAAUACUGUAUUGAAUUGCUUUUCAAUUAACAACAAUGUGAUUGUCUUUCCAACAA